GAAACUUCUCAGUAGGUGGCUUGCUCUCAGGAUGCAAUGCACUGCCAGCUCAUUUCUCGACUCAACGCCCAGUGAAUGCAGAGAGUCGCGAUGGUGUCGACAAUGUCUGUGCUCCUGUACAUCUGGAUAACAGCCUGCGUCUUGGUGUUCAGUCAUGGAGCUCUUCCGCCAACACUUGAGCAACUUUAUCUGCACCGCCCAGAUGGAGGAACAUGUGAAGUAAUAGCUGCACACAGAUGCUGCAACAAGAAUCGCAUUGAAGAACGAUCACAGACUGUAAAGUGCUCCUGUCUGCCGGGGAAAGUGGCUGGGACAACCAGAGCCAGACCAUCUUGUGUUGAUGGCAAGUAA